AUGAACAGCCUCUAUGCUUCCAACUUAAGACAGGCCCUCGACAGAUUGACCAAUAGCGCCCCACCCUCUGGCUUCGGCCUCAGCUCCACUGGAGGCAAGGAUUCACAAAACCAAGUCAAUGGCUUGGCUCUAUGUCGGGGAGACAUCUCUCCCACUGAUUGCAAGACUUGCGUCAUCACGGCAGCACAAGAUAUCCAACAGAGAUGCCCUUACAAGAAAGGGGCAGCCAUAUGGUAUGAUUCAUGCCUUUUGAAAUACUCAAAUGCAAAAUUCUUUGGGAAGAAUCAAAAUGGAGGGUUUAGGUUCUAUUUAGUGAAUGUUCGUGAGGCUGAUGAUCCGACAUCGUUUAAGGAGCAAGUUAAGAACUUACUUAAUGGGUUGUCUGAAAUGGCUAAAACUUCAAGGAAUUUGUAUGCCAUUGGAGACUUGGAGAUUGGGAGCUCCAAGAAGUUGUAUGGAUUAGUUCAGUGUACAAGAGAUCUUUGGACUGCAGAUUGCAAGAAAUGUCUUGACGAUGCCAUUGCUGAGCUUCCGUAUUGCUGUGCAAAUGGAGCUAAAGUUGGUGGAAGAGUGGUUGGUGGGAGUUGUAACUUUAGAUAUGAAACUUACCCCUUCUUUACUGCCUAA